GUUCCGGAACAUCCAGCAGCGUUGAUUCCGGAGAGUAAACAAAACUCGGGGGGAUUGAUAUUUCUUUACAUGUUGCGAACAGCAUACUGAUCUCCAAGCGUUAGAAUUACUUGAGGCAUCUUUGGAUGGAAUCGUCAAGGUGCUUUGGGAACAUGGAACAUGCACUUCAGCUAAGUUCAGGCUGUAACGUUAAAGUUACAGAAACGCAACAGGUUGAACUGCUGAGCGUGAUGGUGAAAGAAGAAGAUAUGAAAGAGGAGGAAUAUCAUACGAUUGCAUGUCCAGAUGAAGAAGAAAAAACCUUUGCAGAGUUUCACUGUGAAACUGAAACCGUGACGGUGAAAGAAGAAGAUAUAAAAGAGGAGGAAUAUGAUCACAUGAUUUCAUGUCCAGAUGAGGAAGAAAAGCCCUUUGCAGAGGUUCACUGUGAAACUGACUUCGCAGAGUUCACCACGUACAGGCCUACUGAAACAUUACAGACAGCAGUGGAGGUUGAAGUGAAGAUUGAAGAGGACGAUGGUGGAGAGCACAGUUAUAUGCUGGAAAGUGCAUCAGAACAUCCAAAUGGAACCCAACAGAAGAUCCAUGGACAGAGUGACAAACGACUCCACCUGCAACGCAAAAGAAGGCUGCACCGCUGCAUCGUCUGCAGGAAGAGUUUCACGGCCCUGAGAAACCUUAAGAAACACCAGCAAACACAUGAACUCGGCGUGCUCGCACCCACGGGAGAGAAGCUUCAUAAAUGUCCCCAGUGUGGAAGAGGUUUUUCACACCCCUUAACGCUUAAAUACCACACGCUACGACACAUUGUAAAGAAGCCUUGUACAUGUUUUUGGUGUGGAAGAGGUUUUUCACGCCGCUUAACGCUUAAAUACCACAUGCUGAGACACGCGUUACAGAAUCCGUAUGGAUGUUCACAGUGUGGAAAAGGUUCUUCCCGCACGUCAAAUCUUUCACGCCAUACGUGUGCACAUAAAGGAGAGAUGGCGCAUAAAAGACUCACGGGAGAGGCGCGUCAGAAAUGUUCCCAGUGUGGAAAAGGUUUUGUACACCCCUUCACGCUUGAAUACCACAUGCUAAGACACAUGGUAGAGAAGCCUCAUACAUGUUCUUGGUGUGGAAGAGGUUUUUCGUACGCGUCAGGUCUUGCACGGCACGUGCUUACACACAAAGGAGAGAAGCCUCGUGAAAGAGGCACGUUAGAGACGCCUCUUCAAUGUUCUUGGUGUGGACAAGUUUUUUUGCACGCGUCGAGACUUGCACGGCACGAGCUUGCACACAAAGGAGAGAUGCCACUUGAAAGACUCGCGUUAGAGAAGCCUCUUAAAUGUUCUCGGUGUGGACAAGGUUUUUCACAUGCGUCAAGUCUUUCACGGCACAUGCGCAUACACAGAGGAGAGAUGCCUCAUGAAAAACAAGCGUUAGAGAAGCCUCUUAAAUGUUCUUGGUGUGGACAAGGUUUUUCACAUGCGUCAAGUCUUUCACGGCACAGGCGCAUACACAGAGGAGAGAUGCCUCGUGAAAAACACACGUUAGAGAAGCCUCUUAAAUGUUCUCGGUACCAGCAAAAACAGAACGCUGGCAAAAAGCCACACGAAUGUUCACAUUGCGGAAAAGCAUUUAAGAAAUCCAGAAGUCUUAAAACCCACAUGCGAACUCACACAGACGAUAGACCCCAUGAAUGUGACCUGUGUGAAAAGACUUUUCGGCGAAGGGGCGAUCUUAAAACACACAUGAAAAUUCACACUGGAGAGAAACCUCAUAAAUGUGUCCACUGUGAAAAAGCAUUCACACUGUCCACAAAUCUUAAAACCCACAUGCGAACUCACACGGGGGAGAAGCCUUAUGAAUGUGCCGUCUGUGGAAAAUGUUUUGCACUACAGGCAACUCUUAACACUCACAAUCUCUCUCACACUGGAGAGAAGCCUCAUAUAUGUAUCCACUGUGGAAAAGCUUAUACACAGUCCAGACAUCUUAAAACCCACAUGCGAACUCACACUGGAGAGAAGCCUCAUCCGCAAUGGAAGUAUGUCAAUUGUGGAAGAGCUGUUGAACGCAAUUCAAUUCUUGGCCCCCACGUGCCAACUCACACGGCAGAGAAACCUCCCAAAUGUACCCAGUGUGGAGAAGUGUUUCUGAGCCACGCAGAUGUUAAACACCACAUGCUUACGCACACGAGAGAGGAGCAUCACGUAUGUUUCAUGUGUGGAAAAGCUUUUGCACACCUUUCAACUCUUAAAGCGCAUAUCGCCAUGCACACGAAAAAGAAGCCUCACGUAUGUGCUCAGUGUGGGGAAAGAUUUUCACAAAUCGCAAGUCUUCAGACUCAUAAGACAAUUCACACUGGAGACCUUAACUCAAAUCGCAAGGCUUCAGACUCAUAAACUAAUCAACACUAGAGGCCUCAACUCAAAUCGCAAAGUCUUCAGUCUCAUAAAGCCUACCUUGCACUGAUAGACUUUGACAAGAUUUGGGAAAGAUUCUUGAAAGAUUGUAGUCUUUUGAGCAAAGCUUGAAUGAGAGGCAUUAGUUAAAAGACUACAAUCUUUCAAGAAUCUUUCCCAAAUCUUGCCAGUGUAAGGUAGGCUUUAGCUAAAUCUACUCUAGCACAUUUUUUCCUCCGCCAAGGAGGUUAUGUUUUCAUCGGGGUUUGUUUGUCUGUUUGUUAGCAAGAUAACUCAAAAAGUUCUGGAUGGAUUUCGAUGAAAUUUUCAGGAAAGGUCUGAAAUGACCCAAGAGAGAAAACAUUACAUUUUGGGAGUGAUCCGGAUCACCGUCUGGAUCCAGAAGGCGGUUAUGUUUUCACUUGGCGGAGGUCUGCACUCUCGGAGUGCUUUUCUAGUUAUUCGUACAAAUCCAGGUUCCCUUCCCUGAUUGGUUGUGCUUGUAUCACAUGACGAUUACCAUGUGCUCCGUUUCCUCAAGUAAAUAGGCGUGUUCAAGUUCAACUCCAAAUGACCUUUUGCAGCAACGAGAGCUGCCGGUGGCAGCAGGGGAGGGGAUACAAACGCUGCUAUGAAGUUGUACACUCUCUACUUCCCGUAGUGUAGACUUGGCUAGACUUGACCAUGUGACGAAUCACGAGGCACGGACCCGCACGGACCCUUGUGGAUAUGAGGAGGCAUCUAAACACCUGCACAUACGUCAGGGAUGUAAAAGCCAAUUAGGGCAAAGACCUAACGUCAUGAAGGCAGGGUCUAGGCUCCGCUGCGCUCCGCAGUACCUCCAGAGCGGCUGCUCUGCUGCUCCGCAGCUGCCUGGCCACGCCUUGCUCCCGCGGUAAAUUGAGGCCAUGUGAUACCGACUGCCGAGUCGAAAACACACCCUUCUAGACCAUCGUGGACAGAUUUUUAACCACGUGCAUCUUGUGCUGCACAGUUUUUGUGCUGCGCAGCCAUCUUGAACGCGCCUAAUAAAACUUCUAGUCCAGGGAUUCCCAAAUUGUGGUACGCGAGCUGCUUCUAGGGGGUACGCGAGAUGAAAAGGGCUAUGGCGAGUACAUGAAACCUCCUCCACAUGAAUUACGUAGUAAGUUACUUCAAAGACGCUGUCUACUGUUGUGUAUACGCAGCUUGCUGCAACUGUGUAUGAUAAA